AUGCUGACAAAGGGCCCACUUCUCACCUCGCCAGGUUACAUCAAGGUACUUACCAGAGUGGAAUUGCAACCAAAAUGCACUUUGCCAUCACUCUAUGAUUAUAAGGUUGUGCUGGUUAGAUGGAAUGAACCAUUUCAGAAAUUAGCAACUUGUGAUGCAGAUGGAGGAAUAUUUGUUUGGAUACAAUAUGAGGGCAGAUGGUCUGUGGAGCUUGUAAAUGAUCGUGGGGCACAGGUAAGCGACUUUACAUGGAGCCAUGAUGGGACUCAAGCACUCAUCUCCUAUAGAGAUGGAUUUGUGCUGGUUGGUUCAGUCAGCGGACAAAGACACUGGUCUUCAGAAAUAAACUUGGAGAGUCAGAUCACAUGUGGCAUAUGGACUCCCGAUGACCAACAGGUUCUGUUUGGCACUGCUGAUGGUCAGGUUAUCGUCAUGGACUGCCAUGGGCGAAUGCUGGCCCAUGUGCUCCUUCAUGAGUCAGAUGGCAUCCUCAGCAUGUCCUGGAACUACCCCAGCUUCCUGGUGGAGGACAGCAGUGAGAGCGACACAGAUUCGGACGACUAUUCCCCACCACAGGAUGGACCAGCUACAUAUCCAGUCCCGGUGCAGAACACCAAGCCGCUACUGACCGUCAGCUUCACGUCGGGAGACAUCAGUUUAAUGAACAAUUAUGAUGACUUGUCUCCUACUAUCAUCCGCUCAGGGUUGAAAGAUGUGGUGGUACAGUGGUGCACGCAAGGAGACCUACUUGCAGUAGCAGGGAUGGAGAAGCAGUGUCAGCUCGUUGAACUUGGCAAUGGGUCUCUGUUGAAAAGCGCGCUUGUCAAGUUCUACAACGUGCGCGGGGAACAUAUCUACACUCUGGAGACACCUGUGCAGCGUCCUAUCAUCUCCAUCUGCUGGGGUCACAGGGAUUCACGCCUGCUGAUGGCUUCUGGGCCUGCACUAUAUGUUGUCAGAGUAGAGCACAGGGUCUCCAGCCUGCAGCUUCUGUGCCAGCAGACCAUUGCUAGCUGUCUGCGGGAUGACAAGGAUAUCAGCAAACUCACCCUUCCCCCUCGGCUCUGUUCAUACCUCACCACUGCCUUCAUACCAACAAUCAAGCCUCCUAUCCCAGACCCAAACAAUAUGAGAGAUUUUGUCAGCUAUCCAACAGCUGGCAAUGAACGUCUUCAUUGCACGAUGAAGCGGACAGAAGAUGACCCAGAAGUUGGUGGUCCAUGUUAUACUCUGUACUUGGAAUAUCUUGGGGGAUUGGUGCCCAUCCUGAAAGGACGUCGUAUCAGCAAGUUGAGGCCAGAGUUUGUCAUUAUGGAUCCUAAAACAGAUGGGAAAGCAGAUGAAAUCUAUGGAAACAGCUUGAUUUCCACUGUGAUUGACAGCUGCAACUGCUCUGACUCCAGCGAUAUCGAACUGAGUGAUGACUGGGCAGCAAAGAAAUCUCCCAAAAUCAGUCGAGCUAGCAAAUCACCCAAACUCCCCAGGUAAUCAUUUCUUGAAUAUUGCCUC